AGUCUGGCUGAAUCUGCAUUUAGACCUGCAAGAAUGGAUCAAUAAAGCUGUCGGAGAAACCUGAGCAUCUGCUUUUCUCCUCCCAGUGGAUUCUGAGCUCGAGUAACACGUAUGCACUAAACACAGACUGACACAUUACAGCUAGAGACAACAUGGGGACAGAUUUAGCCUACAACUUUGUCUUCAAAGUGGUUUUAAUUGGAGAAUCAGGGGUUGGAAAGAGCAACCUGCUGUCAAGGUUUACCAAAAACGAGUUCAACCAUGACAGUCGCACCACUAUUGGCGUGGAGUUCAGCACUCGCUCUGUUCAGGUGGACAGUAUCACCAUCAAAGCCCAGAUCUGGGACACUGCGGGUCUAGAGCGCUACAGGGCCAUCACCUCAGCGUAUUACAGAGGAGCAGUGGGUGCGCUGCUGGUCUAUGACAUCACCAAACACCUGACCUAUGAGAGCGUGGAGCGCUGGCUGAAGGAACUGUAUGAUCACGCUGAUCCUCAUAUCGUGGUCAUGCUGGUGGGCAAUAAAAAUGACCUGGCAACUGUGCGCACUGUACCCACAGAGGAGGCCAAAGACUUUGCAGAUGCCAAUGGCUUACUUUUUAUGGAGACUUCAGCAUUAGAGUCGACUAAUGUUGAAUCUGCUUUCCUCGAAGUUCUAACAGCAAUACACCAGAAAGUUGCUAGUAAAGAAGUGACCAGAGGCUCGAUCAGCGCCGUGACUCUUGGACAGACACACGGUCCGUCCAGGGAAUUCCAGGAGAGCCGAAGCUGCUGCAAAAACUCCUGAACACACCAGAGGACAUCCAGACCAAAUCACCAUCACCAGCACAAAACAAAGACUUUUAAUGAUGACAUUGGAUGUCAUAUCAGUGAGUGAAACAGAGAGGCCGUCAGCAUUAAAAAAUAUGAUUUCUUUUAAAACAAGAAGCUACAGAUGAAGAAGGUGAACAAUGAUCUAUUUAAUUGAUAACAUUAUGAAUCUGAUUAAUAUUUUUAAAAAUUAAAUAUGCAUUCAUUUCUAGCACAAAAAUCUGAAAAUGGAAAAAAAACUCAGAACAAUUUUGAGCAAUUGACCUUAAAAAUGAUGCAUAGUUGGUAUUUAUAGACUAUAAAAUUGUGAAGACAUUUAUAGACUAUUAAAAUAAUUGAUAUUUAUAGACACAUUAAUAAAGUGCAACAAUAUAAAUAGUUUAAAGUGCAUGUGGGCUGUAUUAUUUACUAUUAUUUUGCUAAAAGAGAAAAAAAAGUGCUUUACAAAACACAAAUAUGUCGAAAUUGGAAAGUGUUUUUAAAAUAAAAUGGAUGAAAUUGAUAGAAACAGCUGGAACUGAUCAUGCAAGACAUGGUGCAUUUUUUUAUUUUUAGUAAUGAAUCCCAUUAUAGAUAAAACACAUAUAAGUUGUGCUGUAUUAUACAAAGCUUGAGUUCAAUCAAUACUGACAUAGUUGCAAUGUAAAAAAAAAUGUUUUUAAGAAAUAUAAAUCUUAGACUGAACAAUUAGACCUUCUCAUGGAAGGUAUCUAUGGUUUAUGGAGUAUUGAUAUUUUUGCAUUGAAUUUUUGGUCAUUUGUUUUUAAAAUGGUGUUAAACCGAUCUGAGUUUUAUAUUCAUUAUGGAAAUGUACACUGUUGCAGCUUGCAAAAUGUAUUAUUAUAUGAAACAGUAAUACUUUAGUUUAAGACCUCUGUCAGACACAAAAGAUUUUGUUUGAUAUAAUUAUAAGAAAUUUUCUGCAAGCAGCAGCAUGCGGGACAUUUUGUGUUGGCCCGUGUGCUGAUUCGUUUGUCCAUAAAUAUAUUAAUAAAAAGUUAUACAUGCCAGUUUACUUUUUCUAAUUCUAUUGGUAAUGUUACACGUGUCUACACCCCUGGUAAUUAUGUAUCCAGCCCUGAAAAAGUUGAAGAGACUACUUGAAGGUUAUUAAUUCUUUGGAUUUGCCAUUAAUAAGUAUGUUUUGUAGUAUUUUUAGGUGAUAAAAUACUGAAGAUAAGGACUUAUGACUUCUAGUUUAAAUAGCACUGGGGUUAAAUAUUGCUGUUUUAAUGGGUUUCAGUGGGGAGACUUUUGUCAGAAGGUCCUGCAUGUAACUUUCUUUUAUCGUGAGUAAAGUAGAUUUUUGAAAAAAAAAAUUAAAAUAAAAAAAUGAAAUCUAUGCC